CGGGGCUCCGGCGGCCGCUUCCUCUGUAGCGGCGGCUCGCGGUGGCGGGUCGGGGUCGCGGACGGGGUAGCGGUCGGGGUCGCGGUCGGGGCGGAGCCAUGGUGCUGUGCCCGGUGAUCGGGAAGCUGCUGCACAAGCGCGUGGUGCUGGCCAGCGCCUCCCCGCGCCGCCAGGAGAUCCUCAGCAACGCGGGUCUGCGGUUCGAGGUGGUCCCGUCCAGGUUUAAAGAGACGCUCAGUAAAGCCGCGUUCCCCAGCCCUUUCGCCUACGCCAUGGAGACGGCCAAGCAGAAAGCCCUGGAGGUGGCGCAGAGAAUGCACCAGAAGGACCUGCGGACACCCGACGUGGUCAUCGGGGCGGACACUAUCGUGGCCGUGGAGGGGCAGGUUCUGGAGAAGCCCGUGGACAAGCAGGACGCCUACGACAUGCUUUCAAGGUUGAGCGGCAAAGAGCACAGCGUGUUCACGGGGGUCGCCAUCGUGAGCUGCACCUGCACAGAGCACGUGCUGGACACGCAGGUGUCCGAGUUCUACGAGGAGACGAGGGUGAAGUUCUCGGAGCUGUCGGAGGACCUGCUGUGGGACUACAUCCACAGCGGGGAGCCCAUGGACAAGGCGGGCGGCUACGGCAUCCAGGCGCUGGGCGGCAUGCUGGUGGAGUACGUCCGCGGGGACUUCCUCAACGUGGUGGGCUUUCCACUCAACCGCUUCUGCAAGCAGCUGGCCGAGCUGUACUGCCCACCCAGCGGCCAGGACGUGCGGAGGACCCACCACGACUCCAUCCCGGCCGUGGACAGCUUCGAGACCCUGCGUGACCAGGACGGGGGCGGCCCCCAGCCCGCGCCGAGCGACGUGGGCCCUGGCGCUGGCCCUGCCUCCACGGGCAGCCUGAGGGGCCUGUCGGAGGCGGACGGGGACCCACCUGCCCCGGGCUCCAGUGAGGCUGGUUGCAACGGGCAAGUGGAGCGCCAGUCCCCGUUCCCGGCCGGCCUUCUGGACCUGAUCGACGGCUUCAAAGCUUCCAAGGCCCUGUUCACGGCCUGCAAGCUGAGGCUGUUCGACGUGCUGAGAGACGGGGCGCACCGGAGCGCCGCGGACGUGGCCCGCCAGGUGGACGCCGGCGUGUGUGGAACCAGGAGGCUGCUGGACGUCUGCGUGGGCCUGGGCUUGCUGCAGAGGACGGCGCAAGGUUACAGCAACACGGAGCUGGCAGACCGGUACCUGGUGUCGGACGGCGAGUGUUCUCUGCACAGCUUCGUCGUGCACAGCAAUGACCACACGUGGCCCCUCUUCUCCCGCCUGGAGCAGGCCGUGCGGGAGGGACCACGGCAGCACCGCGGGGCUUCCUGGGAGGAGGCCCGGGAUCCGUCCCAGGUAGCGCGUGCAGGGAGGCCCUCCACCUGCCGGCAUUCGCCAGGACGGGGGCACCUCGAGGGGUCUGUCUCUUGCCCGAGGGACCCUGGUGCCACGUGGAAGCCACAGAGCAGCUGCUUCCUGACAUUGAACGGCCAGGACUGCUGCCAGGACAAGCCGGUGGAGGCCACGCACGGCCUGGCCACGCUGACCGCCCGCCGCCUGGCCUCGGCCUUCGACCUGACCCGCUUCCCCUCUGCCUGCCAGCUCGGAGGCUGCACGGGCGCCCUGCCCUGGGCGCUGGCCCGCGAGUCCCCGCAGCUGAAGGUCACCGUGUUGGACUGCCCCGAGGUCCUCCAGCAGGUCUCCCGCCUCCAGCCCCAGGGUGGACGGACGGCCCUGGUCAGCCUGGUGCCUGGUGACCCGUGCAGGGACGCCCUCCCCGCCGCUGACCUCUACAUCCUGCCCCGCCUGCCGCCCGAGUGGCCCGACGACAGGGUCCACCAGCUGCUGAGGAGGGUCGCAGCGUCCUGCCGGCCGGGAGGCGGCCUCCUGCUGGCGGAAGUCGCCCUGGACGAGGGGCAGGGAGCGGCGAGGCGUGGCCUGAGGCACAGGCUGGACCUGCUGGUGCGGACGCCGGGCAGGGACUGGAGCCUGGGCGAGUGCGGGCGCCUGCUGGCGCAGCACGGCUUCCCGGACGUGCGGGUGGCGCCCGUCGGGGACAUCCCGGGCGCCGUGCUGGGCAUCCGCGCCGGCCCCUGACACCCGCGCGCGGCCUUCGUGUGGACGUCGCCGGCCCCGAGCACCGGUCUUGCGGCUGCGCGCCCCGGGGGCGGUGGCGUCCAGGGUGUAGGAGAGAAUAAAGCGGCCGUCCGACCUCAAGUCUGCUCUGCGCCUCCGCCGCGCCCCGGCCACGCCCCGGCCGCCCCGCUCUUGGAGGGUCUGACCCCGCUGUUCAUGGGGACCUGCAAGCAGGCGGUGGCCGGCUUGGCGAGGUGCUGACCCUGAGAAGCAGCUGGGGUCGGGGUGGAGCGCUUCCCGCAGCCCUGCCCCCGGCCCCACGGGGACAGCCCGCAUCCGGGGCGAGCAGCCGAACAGCCGGAGCUGGGGCGCAAGCUCCCGGCCAGCCUGGCCCUGGGACGCUCGCCCCUUCCCUGGGCUGCCCCUGUCCACCACCUGGGCUGGUCUGUCCCCAGCCAGGGCCUCCCCUCAGGGGCACCCCACCCGCCUCCAGCAGGGCCCAUGCCGCAAGGGCGGUGCGCAGUACCACGUCCUCUGGGUGCGGGUGGCUCGUCUUCCAGCCGCACCCAGAGGCAGGGCGGGGGAGCCUGCGGCCAUUUCUCAGAGCGCUCUGCCUGUGCUUCAGCCCCUGACCUUGGGGUGCCCGGCCCUUUACUGCCAGGGCCGGGGUCGCAGAGUUAUUAGAAUCGCAAACGCCCCAGUGCGGGGUUGCAGCCAGCCCGGUGCCUACGGAAGGUCACCCUCCCAGCCCGCAAGCUGUCCGCACGGCUUGGGGCAGCCUGCGGCGCGUCCCAGGAACUUGGUGUCUUCGCCCCUGAGACGAGGGGGCACCCGCCGCCACCCUCCUGGGUUGAGCCGCCCCAGCUUGUUAGGGGCGUGACUUGUAAAGUGCGUGCGCCCUGGCGAAGCCUGCGCGGUCACGUGGUGCACGCGCCGACCCAGGACGCCCCGCUGACCCCGCAUGACGGAGGCCUGGCUUUGAAGACUCGGGCCUCUUCAGGACGGCCAACCCUGCAGGAGUUUCCAGGGACCGGGGAGCAGGCUGACCACCUAGGUCCCCUGCAAAGGCCGCUGCAGGCGGUGGGGAUGCAGGUCAGAGAGGAAGGAUGGAGGCCGACCUGGUGCCCUCCGCGGGGACAUCCAGGGGUGGCAGCAGCCCCGUCCAGGGGACACCCGUGCCCCACGCUGUGCUGGCCACCGGGAUUGGCUGGGGACCUCGUGGCUGCCGCAGUCCUGAGGCCCGGGAGUGGCCACCGCGUCCCUGCACGGGGACCCAGAGAGCCGCCUCCCCGAGUCCAGAGGGGGUUUCUAGGGGUGCUUUUCUGCAGGGAGCCCUCCUAGGACCCCAGACCCCAUCACCCACUUUCCCUUGAUUUCCCGUGCUGUUGGGGAUGGACCCAGCGUGGCCACCGCGGAGCUGCGCCCCAGCCCUGGCUCUCCCGGAAGACCCCGCCUUCAUUCCAGGUUCGCUCACCCGCCCCUGAGCACACCCGGCAGUUUCUGGAGGCAGACUGAACAGCCCCGCAGCAGGAGAGGCCCGGGGCUGUGGAGUCUCAGGGGGGAUGUGGGCUGGACACCAGCUGAACCCUUGCCCUCCACCUUUCCCACCCCGGGACCCUGCCCCUGUGUCCCCGCUCCCCCGUGGCAUGCCCUUGUGCGCACGGGGGUUAGCGGCUCACACAGCUCAGAAGCAGUAAGGCCACAUUCCAGGUGCCGGGCCUGACCGAUACCAACCAGAUGGAUCUAGACUCAGAGGCUGCUGGCCAGAGGAUUCCUGGCCACUGACAGCGGUCCGGGCGUCCCUCCCAACGCAGUCAGACCAAUUCUGUAACGUUAACCUAGCUGUGGGCGAGGCACUUUCUCAUCCGAGACUCCCUGGCCUUCCGCCCCUCUGCUCGGAGCCCCCAGAGGGAGCCUGGCCAAUCCGGGGGGACCAGCUCCUCCCUGUCCAUCCCGCACGCCAGACUCCACGCACAGCAAACUCCCAAGGCCAGGCCAGAUGUCCACCCAGUACAGGCCCCAGCAAGCCAGGUCCAAGGAGGGCGUUCACACGGACACUGCCCGUGGAGGGUGCGCCAGGUGUUCACCCAUCCGCGGCCGAGCUUUACCUCCUGGGGGUGGGGGACAGGUGACCCAAGAAAGAAAGAGGGACAGAGGACUAAAAAGAAGAAGGAAGACAGGAAGGGAGAUGGAAAAAGGAAGAAGAACGGGCGUCAGGGGAAGAUCAGGACAGACAGGAAGGAAGAGGUCAGCGGAGAAACAGGGCAGGGCAGGUGGCGGGGAAGCGAGGUCGGGCCGGGGAGCAGCCCCGGUGGAGCGCCUGCCUCACGCACGAGGCCUGAGCUCCAGGGAGGGAAGAACGGCAGGCAGGAUGGAUGGAUGGAGUCCGGGAGAGGCCUCGGGACCCUUGGGCUUCCGGGAGGCACCCAGCGCAGCGCAGCUCCUGCAAUGCAUAGGGGACAGGCGUGUCCCUCCCAGAGCGCACGGCUCAGCAGCUCUGGGGUUGCUGAGGAUGAGGUGGGAACACUCCGCACCAUCGCUGCGCGUGGCCUAGCAGGAGCACGGGGAGGCCGAGGGCAUCACGGCUGAGCCACCCUGAGCGUCCCAGGGUCAAAGGUCAAGGAGGGUUUGCAGGACCUGCAGGUGGUCUCAGGAAGGGGUCCGGGUUAGGCACCCACGAGAGAGGGCAGGGUCGGGGCACCACGUGUCGCACGCUCAGGCCUCGAGAGAAGCGGGACACGCCUCCAGUGGGGAGGCCUGGGCCUCGCGGCCGGACUCCCAGCUGCGCAGCCCCCAGGGGAACCACGCAUCCGGGCUGCGCCUCGACCUUCUCAAGGUCACACCGGCCACAAAGCCCCCGGCCCGCCAGGCGCAGAGGCGUGGCCCGGCUCCCGACGUGCCUCGGGGCGGGGGCGGGCUGCGCAGCCAAUGGGCGCGGGGCCAGGGGGCGCGGGGCGGGGCG